AUGCCAGUGACAGAUUUACCAUUUAUACAGAAAGAUAUAUCACGCUAUGGUUUUAGCAUUUAUCUCGCAUUAGGUCUUCUCGGGAAUUUUUUCAAUUGCAUUGUAUUUACACGACGUACAUAUCGUCGUACACCAAGUCAUCUUUAUUUACUUUGCUUAUCGUUCUUUUCUGUGUUAUAUUUGCUGUGGAUACUUAUUCCAUCUAUUUAUGCAUUGUAUUAUGCCGAUCCUCAAACGCAAUCGAUCGUCUAUUGUAAGAUGCGACUCUAUGUUAGUCAUGUUCUCAAUUUAUACCUUCGCUAUUCAGUCGUGUUUGCUUGUGUGGAUCGAUAUUUCAUUACUCGGACAAAUGUUCAUCUCCGUUCAUUCAGUUCAAUUAAAACAGCUAGUAAACUUCUUUUGGCUAUGCUCAUCAUUUGCCCAUUGAUGGCAAUGCAUAUGCCUAUUUUAAUGGACUUAAGAAAUGGCACAUGUGGUAUGUUUGGUAUAUACAAACUAAUAUACGCGAUUUAUCAAAUUAUCGUUUCUGGUCUUCUACCGCCAAUUCUCAUGAGCAUCUUUAGUAUUCUUACUAUUAUCAGCCUUCAUCAACGACAUCAUACGAAUCAAGUGCGUGUCAAGCAGAGUGAUCAACAUCUGACACGUUUAGUUAUUGUUGAAGUUAUAGUGAACGUUGUCACGGCAAUUCCUUAUUCUGCAAAUCUUCUGUAUGGUGCAUUGACAUAUUUUGCCACGAAUAAAAGCACUCAACGUCUCGAAAUCGAAUCUUUUAUUACUUUUAUUGCUCAGUUUAUGAUUUAUUUCGUUGGUGUUAUUCCUUUCUAUCUAUUCUUUUUAAUCUCCAGGGGAUUUCGUAAGGAAUUUAUUGGUAUAUUGGCCAAUUUCUACUAUAAACAUAUACUACGACGUGUACAGGUCGUUCCAGGACACGGUCCACAAACAAAUCAUCGUCAAAUAAUGCAAAGCAGAUUGUAA